CGUCCUUUCGUCGUUUCCCUAAUCUUCCCUUUCCGCCGACGGGUCGCAGCUCCCGCUUCUCUGCCUCUCCUCGCGAGCUCUAUCGCCGCGGUCUUCUCGCGGAUCUCACCGGAAGGGCCGAAAUAUCCGUGGAUCGAUCGCCCUCUUGAUCGAUUGUCCUCUCCGAGCGCUUCAGAACGAGCUCGGAUCCGCCUGAAACGGCGGCCUCGCACCACGGAAUCGAAACCUAGAAAACAUCGGUCGAGAAUUUUAACCCUAGGAGCAGUGCGAUCGACGGAUCCGUAGUCCAGAGGAACUCCCGUGACGCCGUGGGAGUCCAGGGCCGCCUGCCUUAUGCGCGUCUCCGGUACCAAUCGAUUCUUCUUGAACCCAAGCGAGAAGGAAACCCUAGCGCGAAUGGCGACGGAUUGCCCCCGCGGAGGUCGUGCCGCGGAUGGGGAGACGUCCGACGGCGACUCGUCGCAGUCGCUGGAGGAGAUCUCGGCCGAGGAUUUCAAGCAGGAAGCCAGGGCCGGAAGAUCCAGUGUCUUCAUGGGUUACCCCAUGUCCAAGAACUAUGGCCCCAGUCUCUAUAGCUUUGCGUGGGCUCAGGCCGUGCGGAACAAGCCUCUGGGUCUGGAUUUAACGCCGACGAGAGCCGGUGAUCUCGCCGUGAAGAAUGACUCCGGAGUUAAGCCAGAAAAGGAGGAAGCUUGUGAUGUGAUUAUAGAGGAUAGCAGUCAGGAGGAUGACAGUGCAAUGGAGAAGGAGGAAGGGGAAUUGGAGGAAGGGGAGGUCGACUUUGGGUCAGAACCGAUGAUGGUUGAUGAAGCGACUGAUGUUUCUUCAGAUAAACAUGAGAACGAGCCAGAAAAGAAGGAAUCAGAUGGAGAAGAGUCACAAGGCUUCGAUGAUUUUGAUCGGCGUGUGAGCUUAAUUCUGGAAGAGCUAGAGAUGAUAACCAUGGAAGAGGCUGAGGCAUCCUUUGAAGGUGUAUGUGCACGUCUGCGUAAAUCUUUUGAAGACUUGAAGCCGAUGUUUACAGGGAUAGAGAGUUCAGAUACCGUGCUGCAUGCUGUUGUUCAACAGGCUGUCAUGGGGAUCCAAACAACUUAUUCUGCGCUUGAUUCUUUUGCAAUACAGAAGGAGCAGAAUAAGCAAUUGCUGUUGAGGUUGCUGAUUCACAUAAAGAACCAGUAUUAUACCCUAUUAACUCCUGAACAAGUGAGAGAGAUCGACACCCUGGUGAACUCAUUAGUGUUUGAGGAGGAUCAUGAUAAAGAGAAAGAACAGCAUGGUGAUGGUUUGGUUUGUUUGGAGACCCCAUGUAGGGCUUCAAAAACAGUUAAUUUGCCCAAUUUGGAGUUCCCCACACCCUCUAGAAAUAGAGUGGAGUUUAGUCCAUUGUUGGAUCUUCAUGCUGAUUAUGAUGCAGACAGUCUUCCUUCACCUACUCGAGAGAACUUGCCACAAUUUUCUAUCCCAAAGCCCAUUGGUCUUGGAAUGCUGCCAGUUGUAUCUUCUCAGCCAAGAACUGCCAAAAAUGAAGAAGCUGAAGAGGCCACAUUACAUCCAUAUGUAACUGAUGCCCUCAAGGCUGUCUCAUGCUACCAACAGAGAUAUGGCAGUACUUCCUUUCUGUCAAUUAAUCGACUUCCAAGCCCAACUCCCUCAGAGGAGGGUGACAAAGAUGAUGAUUCCCAUGAAGAAGCAUCCAGUUCUUCUGUUGUUAGUAAUGCCGAAACUGCUUGCACGAUUCAAAAUCAGGCCGUAAAGUCUAGUAGCACUGCAGCCUGUUCAAAUAGCUCGGCUGGAGAUCAACCAUAUCCUGUCAAGCUGGUUGGACAGGUUGGCUCUGGAUCAAAAUCAUCUGCAAAACCUGCAUUGAAGCGCAGAGAUCCAAGGCUUAAGCUCAUGAAUAAUGAAGUCAGAGGCCCUUCAGUGGGAGAUAAGGGUAUCGACUCUAAUGCCCUUGAUAACCGGCUUGUGGGAGGAUCUAUGAAUACUAGGAAGCACAAAUCAGUUGAUGAGCCUGUAACUGGGGACCAUAAAAUGAAAAGGCAGAAAAAUGGUUUUACGGGCUCCAGAGAUAUGCAGAUGACAUCAGGGAGAGGUGGGUGGCUAGAAGACAGCAGUAUCCCCCAACCAAGUGACAGGAAUCAAAUAAAUGAAAAUUUUCAGGUCGAGGUUAGAAAACCGGGAAGUGGAGAAGUUGGUUCUGGUAAAAAAUCUGAUUCUAAUAUGAAUUUCAGCAUGUUGAAUGGACUGAUACCGAAUCCUUCGGGUAAUCUUCCAAAUACUCUUUCUUUGCCUCCGUUGCUGAAGGCUGUAAAUCCAACAAUAUUUGUGCAGCUACUUCAAAUGGAACAACACAGAUUAGCAGCAGAGAAUCAUCAGAUAGUUACUGCUUCAACAAGUGAUGUGACAAAUGUUUCAAAAGUUAAUGGAUUACCUGGAGCAGUUUCUUCAGUAAAUUCUACUCCACUUAAGUCCCAAGAAGUUGGACAGAAUCAUCUAGGAAUGUCUCAGAUUCCUUCUCAGUCAGCUUCCGUGAGCUCUCAAAACGAUGUUGGAAGGAUUCGCAUGAAACCUCGUGAUCCUCGCCGUGCUCUCCAUAACAAUAUGGUUCAGAUGAAAAACGUCAUUGUAUCUGAACAGAACAAAAUAAAUGAGGCUAUCCCUGGUCCUCAGAGCAGCAUGGGACAUUCAACUGCCAGAGAACCAGGAGAGCAGGCACAGGCCAGUGUUUUGGCUACUCAAUUUGUUCCCCAACCCAAUAUGUCUCGGCAGUUAACCAAGAAUCUUGGUAAUAUUGUGUCUAGUUCCCAAUUGGCUGCCACUUCCCAAGCAGUUCCUCAAUAUAUUCCAAGUAAAGCUAAUCAGGUGAAUGUAAGGCCUGCGUCAGCAGAGUUGAAUGAUUCAAAGACUCUGGUUUCUGAAGCAACUGCAAAAGGUGUUUCUCAAUCAGUUAACGCUUGGGGAGAUGUAGAUCAUUUCCUUGAUGGGUAUAAUGACGAACAAAGAGCAGCUAUCCAAAAAGAGAGAGCGAGAAGGAUUGCAGAACAGAAUAAAAUGUUUGCCGCUAGGAAGCUUUGUCUUGUUCUUGAUUUGGACCACACUCUGCUUAAUUCAGCUAAGUUUGUAGAAGUAGAUCCAGUUCAUGAAGAGAUUUUGAGAAGAAAAGAAGAGCAAGACAGGGAGAAGCCACAACGACAUCUUUUCUGCUUCCAUCACAUGGGAAUGUGGACAAAAUUGAGGCCAGGCAUCUGGAAUUUUUUGGAUAAGGCUAGCAAGCUCUACGAACUACAUCUAUAUACCAUGGGAAACAAGUUGUAUGCUACUGAGAUGGCAAAAGUUCUUGAUCCAACUGGGACUUUGUUUUCUGGGCGUGUCAUCUCAAGGGGUGAUGAUGCUGAUACUGUUGAUGGCGAUGAAAGGGUUCCCAAAAGCAAGGAUCUAGAUGGGGUUCUGGGUAUGGAAUCUGCUGUGGUGAUUAUUGAUGACUCUCUGAGGGUCUGGCCGCUUAACAAACUCAACUUGAUUGUCGUCGAGAGAUAUACUUACUUCCCCAGUAGUAGACGCCAAUUUGGACUUCUUGGGCCUUCACUUCUCGAAAUUGAUCACGAUGAGAGGCCAGAGGAUGGGACUCUGGCUUCUUCAUUGGCAGUCAUCGAACGAAUUCACCAAAAUUUCUUCUCACAUCACUCCCUAAAAGAUGUUGAUGUUAGAAAUAUACUUGCAGCCGAGCAACGGAAGAUUCUUGCUGGCUGUCGUAUAGUUUUCAGCCGGGUCUUCCCAGUUGGGGAAGCAAAUCCACAUCUGCACCCACUGUGGCAGACAGCUGAGCAGUUUGGUGCAAUCUGCACUAACCAGAUUGAUGAACAGGUUACACAUGUCGUUGCCAAUUCUCUUGGAACCGACAAGGUGAAUUGGGCUCUAUCCACCGGAAGAUUUGUUGUUCAUCCUGGCUGGGUAGAAGCCUCAGCUCUUCUCUAUCGGCGGGCGAACGAGCACGACUUCGCGGUUAAAACCAUGACAUGAUCCACUCAUCAUACCAACUCAGAAACCCCACCCUUGACCCAUGUUAACCGGCAACUUCUGAAUUGAGGCAGUUAACUAAUGACGAAGAAAGUUAUCGCAAAGCACACAUCUAAUUAACCUUGGCCCCCAAUGAUGAUGCAGGAACACCAUUAAUCCAUCAGACGAAACUUUGGUAGGGAAUGUGAGGCAGAAUGAGAAAGGUGUGUACGAAGCUGGUUAGGUUGUUAAUUCAUGUCUGGAAGAAGGGUUAAGAUGGUUCUUAUAAUCGGCAACUCAUCACACGAUAAGUGGUUAAAUCCCCAGACCAGCUUUACCGUCAGUCUGUGAAGUCAAAUCUCAUAUGGAAACCAAACAUUCUUAGUUGGAAGGAGCAGUUUUGGAAGGCACGGAGACUAUGUGAUUGCUUAACUGGGCCCGGUGUCGUUAAUUUUUGGGUAGGCUUUUAAGCACCGGAAAACCCUAAAUUUACCCCUCUGAGGACCAUCCGAUAAGGUUACGGAUCCAUACCCGCAUAAACAAGAAGUAAGCAUAUGCCUUGUUGACUGUUCCACUUGACGUCGAUGUUAAAACAAAUAUCUAGAUUUUGUUCGGAAAGCAAAGAUGUUUGACCGUAUGACCUUUGUUUCCCUUACAGAAAUUAAAUUCCAAUUGGGUUUUU